AACAGCUUCUUUCGCCUCUUCUUGACUUCUCUCCAUCACCUGUCAGUGGCCAACCUCCAUCCUCUCCACCAUGGCAUUCUGCUGUGUACCAUCAAGCUGCAUCCCAUCUGGACAAAUAAGCGGUAGCCAGCCUUCCAGCCACCCAUCUUGUGCCAUUCGAUUUGAGCUGACCUAUCCAGGGAGCAGUUCCCAGCACUCUAGUGGCCAAACCUCUUCAAGUGGACGCGUUGCAUACCUGUGUCUCCAGCCUAGCAGUGGCCAGUCUUCCUCUCUUCCGAUGAGCAGUGGUCAGUCUUCCUCUCGGUCAUCCUCUUGCACUCCAUGUGUGGCCAUCCUUCCAGUGAGCAGCGGCCAAUCUUCCUCCUUUCCUGCAAGCAGUGGCCAAUCUUCCUCUCCUCCAUGCUAUGUCAUUCCUUGUGGACCCAUCAAUGCAGCAAGCAGUGGCCAGUCUUCCUCUCAGCCAUCCUCUUCCACUCCGUGUGUGGCCAUCCUUCCAGUGAGCAGUGGCCAGUCUUCCUCCUUUCCUGCAAGCAGUGGCCAAUCUUCCUCUCCUCCAUGCUAUGUCAUUCCUUGUGGACCCAUCAAUGCAGUGAGCAGUGGCCAGUCUUCCUCUCAGCCAUCCUCUUCCACUCCGUGUGUGGCCAUCCUUCCAGUGAGCAGUGGCCAGUCUUCCUCCUUUCCUGCAAGCAGUGGCCAAUCUUCCUCUCCUCCAUGCUAUGUCAUUCCUUGUGGGCCCAUCGAUGCAGUGAGCAGUGGCCAGUCUUCCUCUCAGUCAUCCUCUUCCACUCCGUGUGUGGCCAUCCUUCCAGUGAGCAGUGGCCAGUCUUCCUCCUUUCCUGCAAGCAGCAGCCAGUCUUCCUCUCUUCCAUGCUGUAUCAUUCCAUGUGGGCCCAUCAAUCCAGUGAGCAGUGGUCAGUCUUCCUCUCAGCCAUCCUCUGGCAUUCCAUGUGUGGCUAUCGUUCCUGUGAGCAGUGGCCAGUCUUCCUCUCCUCCAGUGAGCAGAGGCCAGCCUUGCUAUGUCCCAAUUUGUUUCGAGCCCUCCUCUCCUUGUCGUCACCCUUGCUAAACCACCAAGGAACAUCUCUCCUGGUACACGAUCACAUCGAGAAUUGAAAAUGGUGGUACGGAUUCAUGGCUAAGCUGAUGGGGACUGGGUACCCAAAGCGCUCAGCAUUCACACUUCUAACUGAGGCUCUGUAGUUUCAGCACCUGCGCAUCAUCUUUGGCGCUCAGUCCCUGCUUGAAUGUUCUUUGACCCUGUCACUUCUGAAUGAUCCCUUUCGCUAGCUUUCACAAUCACUCUGUUUAAGCAGGGAGACAUGACACAUUGUUGUCAAUUUUCCCUGUGAGGGUUGCUAUUAUGUUUGCUCCCCAAUGCUAGUCGUAGAUUCGAUCCAAUGCUGUUCAUUCCUCUUCAUCGCUUUUGGUAUGAUGUCUUUGAGUUCUCAAUCUGUUCGCUCUUAAUAAACUCUGCUCUGGUGCAUAGAAA